AUGAAUCUGGAAAUGAACAUCCUCAUGAUGGCCAUUCUUGUUGAUGCAGCAACACCAUUUCCUCAUCCUGGCUUUUAUGGGGGAAGCUCUAGUAAUGCUCCUUUUGGGGUUGAUGGUGGUAUUAAUAUGGAACCUAAUUUGAACCCCUUUGAGCGAAGGAGAAUGGUUAACGUGAAUGCUUUUGACAACCAUAACAUGGUUCUCCCUGAUCAUCCUUCACCAUUUGGAAACUAUAGUCGUGUUGAGGGAUUUGUCCCUGGAUUCAACCAUAACAUGGCUCUCCCCAGUCAUCCUAAUCCGAGUGAAUCGGGAAAUGAACAUCCUAAUGAUGGCAAUCCUCCUCAGCCUAGAUCCGACUAA